GGGCGCGGCAGGGCGCGGCGGGGCACGGCGGGGCCGUCCAGCGCGUUUGGGCCCGGCGGGUCCGCUUCAGUCGUGCGCCAGGCCAGACGGUGACUGGAGCGGCAGCAGCCUGGAGACUGGAGUGGCGCGCCGCCCCGGCCAGCACCCCGUUCACGUGGCGCGCAGCGCGUAGUAACCCCCCGUCGUUGACGACGUCCCGACGACGGACCCGGACACCUUCUUCCGCGCUGUCGCGGUCAAGACACCGACCGAGGGCAGGGAUACCCAUCAUCGUCAUCGGAGGCGGCCGAGGAAGACCUUCGCCUCCGCACCGGCACACGGCGGCAGUGUGUUGUAGUGUGUGUACCAUACUGGGCCGAGCGUCAACAGCGGCCUCUGCGACGGCGAGUGACAUCCGAGCGGCCCGGCAUGCAACAACAUGACGGACGAAAGUGACGAGGACUACCGCCGAGCGCCCCGGGCCAAGCGGAGCUCCUCCGUGGGCGUCGACGAGCUCAACCAGUUCAACGAGAAGAAGAACCUUCGCCAGGUCGGCUCGCCGAGGUACAAGACGGCUGGGCCUUCCCUGUCGGCGCGAUGGCGCAGCUUCCGGCGCAAGCAGCGCGUCACCUCGACCAGCGCCGGGGACCUGCAGCACAUGGGCGUCGUCGACCUGGACGCGGGCGUCGAGGACCUCGACGAUGAGAAGGCCAUCGUGCUCGACGAGAGCCCGCCCUCCGAGGACUACGGCUUCUUCGAGAGCCUGGACGGGCGCCUGGACGACGAGCUGUGCGUGCGGAUCUGCAAGGACACGAUCCGGGGCAACCUGAUGGAGCUCAUGCGGACGCUGAGCGGCAGCGGCACCCCGGCCGUUCGCCUCGAGGACCUGGAGGCCGGAAAGGUGUCGCCUGACUCCGUCGCCAAGGUUUUGGCGGGCCGGGGGCCGACGGAGCGCAGCGUCGCGCUGCUGUGGGCUUGCUUCCUGGGGCGCGCGGACCUGGCCAGGGCCAUCCUGGACGCUGGAGCGGACCUUCACUACGCCGAGCCGAGCGACGGCCUAGGCGCGCUGCACCUGGCCGCCUUCUCCGGCUCCGUCGAGCUCACCAAGCUCAUGCUGGCAAAGGGGAUCGACGUCAACAAGGUGCACCGGUCCUUCGCGCCGCUGCAGUGCGCCAUGUUCGGCAACGCGGUGGAGACGGCGCGGGUGCUGCUGCGCGCGGGCGCCACGCUGUCACCGGCCGCGGGCCACUACCACCGCCACGUGCUCGCCAAGCAGCCGUCGGCGACCACGGUGCCGCUGGCGGCGCUCAGCGUGCCGCUGGCCGUGCCGCUGGGCGCCGGCACGCCGCUCGACAACGGCGUGCCCAUGACGCCCGUCGCGGUCUCCAGGGCCACCACCCCAUGCGGCGACGGGGAGCCGCGCGACAGCGAGUGCCCGCUGCACUGCGCCGUGCGCGCGGGCGCGGGGGCGGCCGACUGCGUCCAGCUGCUGCUCGAGGUGGGCGCCGACCCGUGCUGCGUCGAGCCGGACGGCGGCGGCUGGACCCCGCUGCACAUCGCGGCCGACCGGGGCGCGGUGCGCACCGUCAGGCUGCUGCUGGACGCGGGCGCGGCGCUGGCGGCCACCACGUGGGAGCGCGGGCUCUCGCCGCUGCACGUGGCCGCCGAGGCCGGCUGGUCCGAGGUCGUGUCGCUGCUGCUGGACCGCGGCGCCGACCCCGCCGCGCUCACCCUGCGCCGCCAGACGCCGCUGCACCUCGCUGCGCGCGCCCAGAGCGUCGACUGCGUCGAGACGCUGCUCCGCGAGGCGCGCAGCGACCCCAACGCCGCCGACGUCGACCAGCGCACCCCGCUGCACUCCGCCGUCGGUAAGGCCAUCGUGGCCUACGACAUGGUCGAGAUGCUCAUCAACGCCCGCGCCGACGUGAACGCCCGCGACCGCUACGGAUACACGCCGCUGCACGUCGCCGCGCUCAACGAGCUGUCCACGUGCGUCGAGACGCUGCUGUUCCACGGCGCCGACGUGAGCGCCAGGACGCGAGGGGGGACGCCGGCGCUCAGCAUCAUCGCCAGGAAGACCCCCGCCUCGCUCGCCAUGCUCGGCCAGCGCCUGGACGCGGCCAUCAGCAUGCACGACCCGGAGGUGUCGCACCGGGAGGUGGAGCUGAAGUUGGAUUUCCGACCCAUCCUUCAGCACUGCCACCAGGACGAGACGUCAUUUCUCAAGACAUUUGUGGACGAGGAAGGACAAAAGAAAUUUCUGGAGCACCCACUGUGCCAGGCUUUUUUGCACUUAAAGUGGCAGAAGGUCCGCAAGGUCUACGCGAUCCGGAUAGGCAUGUGGGCCGUGUUCACCGUCCUGCUCACCCUGUACAUCCUCACGGCCCUCGCGCAUGAUUGUUACAAUGAGGCGAGGAACGUCACACUCACUCCCGAUUUUUGCUUAAACAACUCCAUGAUAGGCACAUUUCUUAGGGAGAACCCAACAGUCAUAGAAGUAGAAUGGUAUAUCCUCGUGGUUCUCACUUCCUUGGAAAUGAUACGGAAAACUAUCUGGAUGUCAGCAUACACCUCACCCUAUCAAUACUUGUCACAGUCAGACAACCUGAUUGAAUGGCCAGUACUUGCAAGUGUAUUUGCAGUAUCUUUUAUAUAUUCUGGAAAAACAUAUGUCUGGCAAAACCACUUAGGAGCUUUCUCUGUCCUGUUUGCUUGGAUUAAUUUAAUGGUGAUGAUUGGUCAACUUCCAGUGUUUGGCACGUAUGUUGCUAUGUAUGUCCGAGUACAAACUGAAGUUGCUAAGCUGCUGUUGGCUUAUGCCUGUCUUUUAAUAGGAUUUACUAUCACAUUUUGUGUUAUGUUUCCAGCAACACAAACAUUUUCCAACCCAUUUGUUGGCUUCAUUAAAGUUUUAGUGAUGAUGACAGGAGAAUUGGAUUUUGAAGACCUACUGUCUGUUGGUGGUGCAACCAAUAAUCCCACACUGUUACUUACUGUGUCAGCUCACCUGACUUUUGUCAUGUUCCUGCUGUCAGUGACAAUUGUUUUAAUGAAUCUUAUGGUUGGUAUUGCUGUACACGACAUACAGGGCCUGAAGAAAACAGCAAUUCUUUCCAAGCUUGUACGUCAGACAAAUCUUAUAUCAUACAUAGAAGGUGCUCUGUUUAAAGGAUAUCUACCUAGGCAUAUACAGAAGCUACUGUGUCGAUCUGUACUUGUCUCACCCUCAGGUUACAGAGUGGUUUUGCAUGUUAAACCACUGAAUCCUAGAGAGAUCAGACUCCCAAAGCCAGUAUUAGCUGCAGCUUAUGAAGUGGCAAAACAAAGACGGAAAGGAAAACAUACUAUCUCAUCAUAUGGAUCUCAUCGCACAAUGUGGCAAGGCAUAAAUACUGGCACUCAAUCAAAUAUCAACCAACUGACGCAGGAAGUGCGUGAGCUCAGAGAAGCAAUGAGAGAGCUGUUAAUAAGUCUCAACCCUGAUAAUGAUUUACUAACCAUACACUAGGAUUUAGUGAAAUCAUAGAUUAUCAAAGACAGUUCACAAAUAAUAUUUACUGUGAUAAUUUUUUUUUUAGUUUUGGUUUAAUCCUAGGCAACAAGCACUCUGAUAAUGUGCUUUAAAUUAAUGUGACUUAAUGUGUAUUAGUACAAGUAAAUGCACUUUAAUUUGUGAUGAGUUAAGAUUAGCAAAUAUGAGAUUUUUAUAGCUUUAAAUUAAGUAUCGUUUUGUAUUGAGUGAAAACUGAAGUAUGUAUGCAUAAAUGCUAAGCAAAUUACCUUGUGUUUCUUAUAUUGACUCCUCAUAAGCUCAUUAGUUUGAGCAGUCAUUUAAUCAGAGUUCAGUGAGUUAAUGAAUAAUGACUCAUUAAAUUCACUAGUAAAACCGUAAUAAAAGACCGUCAAUCUAAAAUUAA